AUGAUCAUGAUCGUCACGUCGGUGUGUGGGGCCGAUGCAAUUAUUAAAUCUAGUCAAUAAUCAUAGCCAAUACCGAUGCUAAGAGUCACAACAGACUCGACAGAUCUCGCUAUAUCUAUCCUCUAACGGAGGAGAGUAAAUGGUGCGGAGGAAAACUCUCAAUUUGCAAUGCUAUCGACCGGUUAAACCUGUUCCGUAGUGCUCUAUAGAUUGCCGCAAAUAAAUAAAUAUCGUAUACGAGACGGAAAUUUCAUUCAUUCAGUGCUUUUUAGCAUCGGGAACUAGAAUGAUCAGAACCACUGCAUGUCUGUGCGUGUCAUUGUUAUUGAUCUGUCUGUCUAUCGAAAGGAAUGAUGGCGCCACAAAAGUGCUCUACGAAUUUCACAUUCGUGAGAGCACAGGCAAUCGGGAGGAAAAGGGCGAGCUCAAAGGUAACUCAACUUCCGGUGAAAAUGAAUCCCGAGCGGAACCCGAACUGAUCAUCACAGGUAAACGCACUUCCUCUCUGAUUCUGCCCGGCUGUGAUCCCACCACUGGGGACUAUGUCUACAAGGAGGAUGCCACCUAUGUGGCGGAUAACAGCGGCUACCAUGUCAAGUACAAUUUCAGCAUAGAACCCCUCGAGCUGGGCACACGUCUCAAUGCGAAAACACUCAAAGUAUCCGUCGGUUAGCCCUAGGAUUAGCAUUAGAAGAACCUGAACUAAAUAUUUAUUAUAAAUCGCCCACGCAGACAGAGCCCACAAAUGCACAGAGAAACUGGGAAAGGAAUGUUUCCAACAUUCUUCUCUACGGUACGAUGAAAUCUAUUGCAUGUCGCGUGUUCGAUUAUGUAGUUUUUUAUAUUUUAAGAGCUUCAACAUUGCGAUUUUUAAAGUACAAAUAAUUUUAGCCGAUAAAUUAAUCAAUUUUCUGAAGGAUUAAUACAUUUUUAUAUACAAAUUUUGUAUGCCUUAUUUUGCACAAGUUUUUACAAGUAUUUUCUUCAAUUAUUGCAAUGUUUUUGUCACACAUUUCACGAAUAUUUGAACAGAAAUUUGCACUGGCUCAAGCGACACCAAGUCGAAGCCGGUUACCCGCUGUUCUCAGGCACAAAUCCAAGCCGCCCAACAGACCGUAGGGCGCUGCCGCAUGACGCGCCAUAUGCAGGAAAGAUAAAUGUUAGACUAAUAUUUGAGAGAAAUUACCAUAAACUAUACUAAAGGCUACAAUAAAUUAGGAAAAUUGUAUCCCAUUCAGCUUUCUUUUUCUCUGCAACUUCUGCAGACCUCUUUUUUGUGUUAACAAGUGCUUUCCAAGCUUUUGUAAACAGCUGUUUAGCCAUUGGCAGCGUUGCCACUAGAUUUCUGUGCAAAGUGAAGUUGGCUGCGCCUCACUUUUCUGUGCAAAAUGGCAGCCUCUUGAGGAAAUAAUUUUGAAAAAAGGACCAUCGUAAAGCCAAUGUUUGUCUUACAAGUAAAAAUCGUAUAUAAUCUAUGGAAACAUAGUCCUGGCUCUGCCCCA